GGAAUAUAUUGAUGACUCUUUCAGAUUUGGAAAGAUCAUGGUUAGUACAUUCAUUAAGAUUUGUGGGUCUGUACUUCCAAACAGAAUUUGUACAGAGAGAAAAUUCUGAAUAUGGCUUGAUUUGCUCUUGAUCUUGGCAGUGUUUCUAAUGAGUGUCCCAUGGACUCUAUCAAGUUUAGGGGGUUCUACUCUAGCACUGAGGAGCAGAACCCUGAGCAGCAACCUGGUAUCAGUGAAAACAUUUCUUCGACGUUCUCUUUAGAAGAGCAACAGAAAAUGAGUGAUUAUUCUGGACUUGCAAAUAACCAUAGCCAGAUGAUUGCUGAAGAUUCAGAAGUUCAGGCAAAGCCUGAACAACAUCAUGAAGUUCUUCAGGAAGAUAUUGAAAUGAGCAGUGGAUCCAGUGGAAAUGACUUCAGUGGAAAUGACACAAAUGAAAACUACUCGAGUGGGCAUGAUUCUCAUGGCCAUGAAUCUGAUGAAAAUGGGAAGGAAUCCGCAAUGCUUAUGGAAUCUUCAGAUUGUCAUAAAAGUUCAAGCUCAAAUGCAUUUAGUCUGAUGAUUGCAAACUCUGAACACAAUCAGUCUAGCAGUGGAUGCAGUAGUGAGCAGUCCACUAAAGCCAAAACACAAAAGGAAUUGCUGAAAACAUUACAAGAGCUGAAAGCUCACCUUCCCUCUGAAAAGAGAAUUAAAGGCAAAUCUAGUGUCCUAACAACUUUGAAAUACGCCCUUAAAAGCAUUAAACAAGUUAAAGCCAAUGAGGAGUAUUACCAAUUGUUGAUGAUUAAUGAAUCCCAGCCUGCUGGACUCAAUGUGUCAUCUUACACGGUGGAAGAAGUUGAGACUAUAACCUCAGAAUACAUCAUGAAAAAUGCAGAUAUGUUUGCUGUAGCUGUUUCUUUGAUAACUGGGAAAAUUUUGUACAUCUCUGAUCAAGCUGCUUCUAUUCUCCGCUGUAAGAGGGGUUAUUUUAAAAAUGCCAAAUUUGUGGAGUUCUUGGCACCUCAGGAUGUCAGUGUGUUCUAUACUUCUACUACCCCAUACAGAUUACCAUCAUGGAAUAUUUGCAAUAGAGCUGAGUCUUCCACCCAGGAUUGCAUGGAAGAGAAGUCUUUUUUCUGUCGCAUCAGUGCAGGAAAGGAGCGUGAAAAUGAUAUUUGCUAUCACCCGUUUCGGAUGACUCCUUACCUUAUUAAAGUGCAAGAUCCGGAAAUAGCAGAGGACCAGCUUUGCUGUGUGUUGCUUGCAGAAAAAGUACAUUCUGGUUACGAAGCACCCAGAAUUCCACCUGACAAAAGAAUUUUUACAACUACACACACGCCAACCUGUUUGUUCCAGGAUGUAGAUGAAAGGUAA